AAAGUUACAGAGUAAAUGUAUUUGAUUAUUCAUUUUUUAAAGCAUUUUUUUUCCUGUUAUUGUUUUAUAUUUACGGUAAAUGAAGACCCCCUGACGCCUUCAGAAUCAACCCAGGAAUAUCGAACAUCAGAUAUUCCAGAGUACACAUUGACCAAUGAAUUUUGCCGUAAACAUUUCUUAAUUGGAGUACUGCUGCGGGAGGUUGGGUUUGCCUUGCAAGAAGACCAGGAUAUUAGGCACUUAGCUUUGGCUGUGCUCAAAAAUUUAAUGGCAAAGCAUUCAUUUGACGAUCGAUACGCAGAGCCGGCAAAACAAGCACAAAUAGCAAACCUGUACAUGCCUCUCUAUGGAAUGCUUUUGGACAAUAUGCCAAGGAUUUACAUGAAGGAUAUGUUCCUUUUCAAUAUCAAUACUUCCAAUCAGGGAUCUAGGGAUGAUUUGAGCACAACUGGAGGAUUUCAGAACCAGACAGCAAUGAAACAUGCAAACUCUGUGGAUACUUCCUUUUCCAAAGAUGUUCUGAACUCUAUAGCAGCUUUUUCAUCAAUAGCUAUCUCUGCAGCAAACCAUGCUGACUCGAGAGCUUCCUUAGCAAGUCUUGAAUCUAACCCAAGUACCAAUGAAAAAAACAGUGAGAGAACUGACACGUGUGAAAAGAUCAUGAGACCUUUGUCUUUGAUUGGAUCAACUCUUCGUUUUGACAAGCUGGAUCAAGCUGAAACUAGAAGCCUUCUUAUGUGUUUCCUUCACAUUAUGAAAACUAUUUCAGAAGAUGCACUAAUUUCCUACUGGCUGAGAGCACCAUUCUCAGAAAUAACAGACUUUUUCAGCAUUUUGGAGGUGUGUCUUCAAAAUUUCAGAUAUCUAGGAAAACGCAAUAUUGUAAGGAAAAUUGCUGCUGCUUUUAAAUUUGUUCAGGGCACCCAGAAUAAUGGCACCCUUAAAGGUUCAAACUCGUCUGGCCAGGCAUCAGGUCUGCUCUCACAAUGGAUGCAUUCUACUUCUAGUCACGAUGGCCACAAACAUCACAGAUCUCAGACGUUACCAAUAAUCCGUGGCAAAAAUGCACUUUCUAACCCCAAACUCUUGCAGAUGAUAGACAGCAGUACUGCAUGCAGCUCGAAUGAAACAGACAUUAUACAAUACGUGGACACAGAGGCAAACAUUGCUACAGAAGUUUCCCUCACAAUUCUUGACCUGUUGUGUCUUUACACUCUGAACCACCAGAGGCAGCUCCAGCAAUCUGAUUGCCAGAAUGCAUUGAUGAAGAAGGUCUUUGACACACACAUGCUCUUUUUGCAAAUCAACCAGUCAGCAGCAGCUCUCAAGCAUGUCUUUGCUGCCCUCCGGCUGUUUGUAGGCAAGUUCCCAUCAGCAUUCUUCCAAGGACAAGCAGAUCUCUGUGGCUCACUUUGCUAUGAAAUCCUGAAAUGCUGUAACCACAGGUCACGUUCAACUCAGACGGAGGCGUCUGCUCUACUUUAUUUUUUCAUGAGGAAGAACUUUGAAUUUAAUAAGCAGAAAUCAAUAGUCAGAUCCCAUCUUCAGCUCAUCAAAGCAGUGAGCCAGCUGAUAGCGGAUGCAGGGAUUGGUGGAUCCCGUUUUCAACAUUCACUUGCAAUUAUAAAUAAUUUUGCUAAUGGAGACAAGCAGAUGAAAAACGUUAAUUUCCCAGCAGAGGUGAAGGAUCUGACCAAACGCAUCAGAACAGUUUUAAUGGCCACAGCUCAGAUGAAGGAACAUGAGAAAGACCCUGAGAUGCUUGUGGACCUGCAGUACAGCCUCGCAAAUUCCUAUGCCAGCACACCUGAAUUACGCAGGACCUGGCUUGAAAGCAUGGCCAAGAUUCAUGCAAGAAAUGGAGAUUUAUCAGAGGCUGCUAUGUGCUACAUUCACAUCGCUGCUCUCAUUGCAGAGUACCUAAAAAGAAAGGGUUACUGGAAAAUGGAAAAGAUUUGUACCUCACGUAUGCUCCUGGAGGAUGGUCAAGUCUCUGAUAGUAAUGUGUUACUAACAACUCACACUGGAGGAAGCUUAUUUUCCAUGGGAUGGCCUGCUUUUCUAAGCAUCACCCCCAACAUUAAAGAAGAAGGUGCUAUGAAGGAAGACUCCGGGAUGCAAGAUACUCCCUAUAAUGAGAACAUCCUGGUGGAGCAGCUGGAGUUGUGUGUUGAAUACUUGUGGAAGUCUGAGAGAUAUGAACUUAUUGCUGAGGUUAACAAGCCCAUCAUUGCUGUUUUUGAGAAGCAGAGGGACUUUAAAAGGCUGUCUGAUCUGUACUAUGACAUCCACCGCUCAUACCUGAAGGUUGCAGAGGUGGUGAACUCUGAGAAGCGUCUGUUUGGGCGGUACUACCGUGUUGCGUUUUAUGGGCAGGCUGUGGGUUUUUUUGAAGAAGAGGAAGGGAAAGAGUAUAUCUAUAAGGAGCCCAAACUAACUGGCUUGUCUGAGAUCUCUCAGAGGCUGCUGAAACUGUACGCAGACAAGUUUGGAAUAGAUAAUGUGAAGAUCAUCCAGGAUUCCAACAAGGUCAACCCCAAAGACCUGGAUCCCAAGUAUGCCUAUAUUCAGGUCACGUAUGUCACACCUUUCUUUGAGGAGAAGGAAGCAGAAGAUCGAAAGACUGACUUUGAAAUGCAUCACAACGUCAACCGGUUUGUGUUUGAAACGCCUUUCACACUCUCAGGAAAGAAGCACGGCGGUGUGGAAGAGCAGUGCAAGAGGCGCACCAUCCUGACCACCAGCCACUUGUUUCCGUAUGUGAAGAAGCGUAUUCAAGUCAUAAGCCAAACCAGCACAGAGCUGAACCCCAUUGAAGUAGCGAUUGAUGAGAUGUCCAAAAAGGUCUCGGAGCUCAAUCAGCUUUGCACAAUGGAAGAAGUGGACAUGAUCCGACUCCAGCUUAAACUUCAAGGAAGCGUCAGUGUCAAGGUAAAUGCUGGGCCAAUGGCCUAUGCUCGGGCUUUUCUGGAAGAAACAAAUGCGAAGAGAUAUCCUGAUAAUCAAGUUAAGCUUCUGAAGGAAAUCUUCAGGCAAUUUGCAGAAGCAUGUGGGCAUGCUCUUGAUGUCAACGAACGCCUUAUUAAGGAGGACCAAUUUGAAUAUCAGGGAGAAAUGAAGUCUCACUACAGAGAUAUGCUCAGCGAGCUCUCUGCAGUUAUGAAUGAACAGAUUGCAUACAAGGAGGAUUCAGCAAAACAGCAAGGAAUGGAGCGCACGUAUUCACGAAUCAUCAAUAGAGCCAGCUCGUCUGCGCCAGCAGCAGCCACCCCAUCCAACCCUGAUGCUUGAUGGAGGCAUGAGUGGGGAACAUGCAGCCAUGGAAGGACCUGGGAUGAUGUUGUUUUGUUUUCAUUUCCUAUUAGAUUAAUAGUACUGAAAAAUAAUUUGAUCGCGGACAAUGCCAGGAAAAAAAAAAAGACGUGUUAUGAUUUUAA